AUUUUUUUUCGGAGCGACAAGCUGUCAAAAAUUUGUUUUGAUCGAGUGUUCUCGAUAAUCUGCUUGCGGCGUUAACGCGUUCCCGCAGGUUCCAUUGGAAAAUAUUAAUUUUUGGACGAAUUUGGCUAUUAUUUAGACAAACUCCAUCAGGCCCGAAAAUGAUCAUACCGGUGCGGUGCUUCACAUGCGGCAAGGUAAUCGGCAACAAAUGGGAAGCCUAUUUGGGACUUCUACAGGCCGAAUACACGGAAGGUGACGCUUUGGAUGCACUCGGAUUGAAGCGGUACUGUUGUCGUCGUAUGCUGUUGGGUCAUGUCGAUCUGAUUGAAAAAUUAUUGAAUUACGCUCCGUUGGAGAAAUAGUUUUGUCGCUUAGUGGUAUCGUAAUGUUAAGAUUGUACAUGUUUAACUAUAUUGGGAUUCCUGAAUAAACGAGUAUUUUAAGCAGUGA